CGACCUAGGCGAUCCUGGAAACAUGGCCGAGUAUUCGCGGCUCCCUAAUUGCCUGGCACUGAUCCGCCUCCGAAACCCACCGGUCAAUGCGAUCAGUGAGAGUGUAUCCUGUGGAAUAAGAGAGGCACUGCAGAAAGCAGAAAGAGACCAUACAGUCAAAGCUAUUGUGAUUUGUGGAGCAGGUGCCCAUUUCUGUGCAGGUGCUGAUAUCCAUGGCUUCAGUGCUCCAAGAUCCUUUAGCCUCCCAUUGGGACGCCUAGUAGAUGAUGUACAAAAAACUGAGAAGCCGGUGGUGGCGGCUAUCCAUGGCAUGGCUUUAGGAGGGGGUCUAGAACUGGCCCUGGGCUGUCACUAUAGGAUUGCCCAUAAUGAGGCGCGACUUGGCUUGCCUGAAGUCACACUAGGACUUCUUCCUGGCGCUAGAGGAACCCAGCUUCUCCCCAGACUCAUUGGAGUUCCUGCUGCACUUGACUUAAUUACCUCAGGAAGGCAUAUUUUGGCACGUGAAGCUUUCAAACUGGGUAUUCUAGAUGCAGUUGUAAACUCAGAUCCAGUGGAAGAAGCAAUGAAAUUCAUCCAGCGAGUUUCAGAUCAAUCUCUGGAAUCCCGUAGACUCUACAACAAACCAAUUCAGACCUUGCCCAACAUGGACAUCAUUUUCAGCGAAGCCCUUCUGAAGAUGCGUAAGCAGUACCCUGGGUGCCUUUCUCAGGAGAGUUGUGUCCGUGCGGUUCAGGCUGCUGUGCAGUUUCCUUAUGAGGCAGGUGCCAAGAAGGAGGAGGAGCUGUUUAUGUACCUUCGGCAAUCUGGACAAGCUAAAGCCCUGCAAUAUGCUUUUUUUGCUGAGAGGAAGACAAGCAAGUGGUCAACUCCAUCUGGAGCAUCCUGGAAGACUGCAUCGGCAAAGCCUGUGUACUCAGUUGGUGUUGUUGGCUUGGGAACAAUGGGCCGAGGCAUUGUCAUUUCUCUUGCAAGAGCCAAGGUUCCUGUAAUUGCUGUGGAAACAGACAAGAAGCAGCUAGAAGUUGCAACCAAGAUAAUAACCUCCUUCUUAGAAAAGGAAGCAUCUAAAUUACAACAGGAUGGCCAACUUUGGUCAGCACCAAAACCCAGGCUAACUAUGUCUAUGAAGGAGCUUGGUGAUGUAGAUUUAGUCAUUGAAGCAGUAUUUGAGGAAAUGAACCUGAAGAAGCAGGUCUUUACUGAACUGUCAACCGUAUGUAAGCCAGAAGCUUUUCUGUGUACCAAUACUUCAGGCCUGGACAUCGAUGAGAUUGCUUCUUCCACUGAUCGUCCUGACAUGGUCAUUGGCACCCACUUCUUUGCACCAGCUCACAUCAUGAAGUUGUUAGAGGUUAUUCCCAGCAAGUACUCCUCCCCUACUACCAUUGGCACUGUUAUGAGCUUAUCAAAAAGGAUUAAGAAAAUUGGAGUAGUUGUAGGGAACUGCUUUGCAUUUGUUGGGAAUCGAAUGUUGGCUCCUUAUUACAAUCAAGCGUAUUUCUUAUUAGAAGAAGGCAGUAAGCCAGAGGAAAUAGAUCAGGUGCUGGAAGAGUUUGGUUUUAAGAUGGGUCCCUUUAGAACAUCCGAUCUUUCUGGGUUGGAUGUGGGUUGGAGAUCUCGGAAAUGGCAAGGUCUUACUGGACCUAAGUUGCCUCCAGGAACACCUGCCCGAAAACGAGGCAACAAAAGAUAUUGCCCAAUUCCUGAUAUGCUUUGUGAACUAGGACGAACUGGCCAAAAAUCAGGUAAGGGUUGGUAUCAAUAUGACAAGCCAUUGGGUAGGAUUUCUAAACCUGAUCCCUGGCUUUCCAAAUUUCUCUCAGAGUACAGAGAAACCCAUUGUAUUGAACCACAUACCAUCAGUCAGGAUGAGAUCCUUGAGCGUUGUUUAUAUUCACUCAUCAAUGAAGCAUUCCGUAUCUUGGAAGAGGGAAUGGCUGCUAGUCCAGAGCACAUUGACACUAUCUAUUUACAUGGAUAUAAAUGGCCAAGACACAAGGGAGGGCCCAUGUUCUAUGCUUCUACAGUUGGGUUGCCCACAGUGCUGGAAAAGUUGCAGAAAUAUUACAAGCAGAAUCCUGAUGUUCCCCAGCUGGAGCCCAGUAACUAUCUGAAAAAACUGGUUUCCUGGGGAAAUCCUCCUCUGAAAGAAUGGCAAAGCUUGGCAGGACCCCCUAACAGUAGAUUGUGAUUCAGCCUUCCAGGUUAUGCCUCACAUGCUGGCAUCAGAUAAUGCUCAUUGAAUUUCA